UCCCACUUCAGAAGCAAUAUCAGAAGAAGAGCUACUUUCGUCUUAUCUGAAAUCAAAUCACCAUGAACUUCAACAAGAUCUUCGUUUUCGUCGCCCUCAUCCUGGCCAUCAGUUUGGGCCAAUCGGAAGCUGGCUGGCUGAAGAAAAUUGGCAAGAAACUUGAACGCGUUGGCCAGCACACUCGAGAUGCCACCAUCCAGGGUCUGGGAAUCGCUCAACAGGCCGCCAAUGUCGCAGCAACUGCCCGAGGUUAACCACGAUGAUAAACCACUAUUGAUAUUUAUAUAUAAAAAUAAACUAUUUAUUGUAUUGACCUAAGUAAA